AUGCAGGUUCCAUCCUCAGGUAGGAAGAUAUGAGGAUAAGAACUUUCUCUCCUUGUUGCUCUGUAGCCUAAGGUAUUCAGAGGCAGAUUGUUCUGGAAUAUGGAGGCUGGUGCCCUAAACAAGCAUUAAUGCACAGCCAUGUCAAGGUCAAAUGUCUUCCAAGCAACCUCUGGCAAAGGACUGAACUUGAUCUCUAUAAAACAGCUUAAAGUUAAUUAUUUCCCCCCACUUCAUGCACUGAAGUAGCUUGAAGAGGUGGACAGCGACAUGCUGGAAAGCCAACUCGUAAUUGCAGAGUUGAGUUUCCACUUGAAGGGCUAAAAAUAGUCUUAAUAAUCAAUUUGGGGGCAGGAGAUCUCAGAGAAUUGGAUUGUUGCACAAGAAAAGGUCAGUUCCAGGUUGGGAGAGAGAAAGUUCAAUGUGCAUUCAGUGAAUGUUAUUCAGUGUACUGUAGAUAACAUUCAGGGUCCUCAAGCUCCCCCAUCAAGAGAAAACAGCAGGAGAGUUUAAUGCUCCAAAGCACAUUGCAAUUCAUAUGGUAACUAUUGUUGUUGUUGUUGUGUCUUUAAUACUGAGAAACUGAGAAUACUGAGAAACAAGACAUGGGUUCAAAUUUCUGCUCAACCCAUCACCAUCUCCCAGCCCCUCCAUCCCACUCUACCUUUCAGUGCUGCUGUGUGAAUAAAAUGGGGUGGGGGCACCACAAACAUCACUGGAGAACAUAAAUGUAAUGAAUAUAAGUAAAUAAAUGUUCAUGUGUCUGACUGAUGGAUGCUGCUUUUUAGUGGUUUUCCUCAGCAUGGAUUAAUCACAACCUUUGUGGGUUAAUGAUGUAAAAACCACCACAUUCCUUUCUAGGUAAAGAAAAUUAUGGAUUCAAAGAAGCCAUUUAAUGUAGCCUGGAAUCAUCAGCAAGCUUACUAGGAAGUAGGCCCCAUGCACAAACAUGAUUACUUCUGAGUAAACAAGCAAGGGAUCACAGUUAGAAAUUAAACACAGUAUCCAUCACUCCUUGUUCCUGAAGUUAAGGGAAGAUAUUAGGACUGCCAGUGGCUCUGUUCUGGCUAGGCUCCUUUGUGUUUAAUAUUUAUUAUUUUAUUUUAUUGAAUUCAUAUCCUGCCCUUUCUCUCAAAGGAGUCUAGCAACAUUUAAAAGAUUAUUUUAAAAGAUUAUUUUAAAACAACAUUUAAAAUAUUAUUUUUAAACAAAGACAAAAACAAGGGGAUUAUAUUAAAAAGUGAAAACCUUCUAAAAGAAUUGCAGCAAAAACAUUCUAAAAGCAGUUACAGGUAAAAACAUUAUUCAACACCUCAGACGGAAAUCUCAUUGGCGGUGUUUUCCUGUCAUCGCACCUGAAUGCCAGAAAAGCGGCUUCCACUGUUGGAUACAGGCAGCCAACAAUGCAAUUUUUCAGUAUUUCUUUAAAAGUGCAUGCAAGGAUAAAUUUGGAAAUUUCAGGCUCCAGCUGAUUAACCGGGUAGGGUUGUGUUUUAGUUUCUUUAUUAUUUUAAGCAUUUUGUUGCCAAUGUGCGAGUAUAACAGGCAUGUAAAAAUCACCGUCUAAUGAAUUAUCUCUUGUAAUCUAUUAAAAACUAACACGAAAACACUUGUAUGGCGAUUUUGGUGUCACAUGUACAAUGAUUUAUAUGCAAUUAUGAGACACGUUUAUACUGAAGACAGAAUACCGCUGAACUUGGAGGCUCCACGUAAGCGUCAUUCUUCGCAACCCACUGAAAGUUUUCGCGCAGCGCUGCGCGGCCGUCAAAGAGCGCGUCGGAUGCAAUCCAUUCUCCGCCGCUUGUGAAGUGUCCGAUGGCACCGAGCUCUUGUUUGUCCAGAGGGCGGCGCUGAACCCGACUGCCUCGCCUUUCUCCCCUAGACUUGGGCUGCCGGGAGCUAAACGCGGCGGAGCGCGCCUUGGAGAGCUCAUCGGAAACCGGCGCCCGCUGUGCAUUUACGCACGGCGCGCCUCCGCUUCGCCGGAAAGAGGCAGCACUUCAACCGGCAAGAGGAGAAGAAGGCAGCAGCAAGGCGCCUUCCAGCAGAAGCUGAGCGCGCCUCGGGCCCAUUAGCUCUUUCUGGCCAGCGCGUAAAGUUCUUUAUUCUCCAGGGCGUAGGAGGAGACGACCCAAACUGGUGACUUGUCCUACAGACAGGAGAAGAGCGGUUUCAUCUGAGCCCCGAGACCCGUUUGGUGGAGCAGGUGAAGAAAUCCCCUAAAUCGAUUUCCUCCGAGCGCGGGUAAAGCGCCUUCUAUUCCCUCGGUGGAUUACACUAAUCUUAUCGUCUAGGCUUAGGGAGGAAGGGCAGAGAACGAUGGGUGAGCGCCGGUGCUUGUCUAGCAGCGAGCUGGGAGUGCAGAGACGAAGGAAGGCUCCUGGGCGUGCUCAGCGCAACUGCCCGAUCCGCCUUUGCAGACCCCGGCAGUGAUGGGUUUGAGCGCGCUUUCUCUCUCUCUCCGCCGCACUACAGAUUUUUCUCUCCUAUCCAGAAGGGUUUUAUUAAGGUAGAAAAAGUCCUGACGUUUUAAAACAAAAAUCCAGUUUCGUUGAAGGUAUCCCAUAACAGAAGCGAGAUCAGUUGCAGGUAAUGGCCCAGCCUUGUAAUGGGACUUCCGUUAAGAGCCAUUGGGGUAAUUCCCUAACCCCCAGGGGUGGGCUGGGCUGGGUACGGUUUUUACUCCGUUCUCAAACUCAUCCUUUUCCCAGAACUGGAUUUGCCGGCCGUUUGCAGCCUUUAACAAUAGCAGUAAUAAUAGUGAUCGGUUGUGGCCAGCGAAGUUCUACUCAGAGUAGGUCCACUGAAAGAAUUGAACCUAAGUUUGACUGCCUGCUAUCAGAUGAAGACCUUGUUCCAAGUGGCUUUUGGGAACUGACUGCUUUUAAUGAAUGGGGUGGGGCUCUGCUGUUUUUAUUGUACUUAUUUGUAUAUUUUAAACAAAUGUUAUAUAUGUAUAUAACUUUAAUUCUAUUUAAUUGUUUUAUAAUUUAUUUUUUAUAGUAAUUAUUCUUUUUAUUUGUAAGCUGCCUUGAGUCCUGUCAGGUGAAAAUGUGAGGUAUAAAUAAAUAUGUAAGAAGUAGUAGUAGUUACUCAUGUCCAUUAACUUCAGUGUUUUGGAUACAACCUUGUGUCUUUGAGCACAUUCAGCAUUCAUUUAACCAUAACCACCAUUCUCAUGUGCUUGCAAGUUGGGGAGCUGAGGUUCUGAGGCAAGCAAAGUCUGAACCCCCACACCCCAUUUUUUAAAUAAAAAAAUUAACAAGUUGCUAUAAGUGUUGUGGGGAAAUCCCUGCUUGGUGGUUUCAGCUGCUUUUUAAAAUUUUCCUUUGGUUCCCCAACCGCUGAUGUGUUACAGCUUGCUUUUUAAAGCACAACAGAGAUGUUGACCCAUCUAGUCUCAUAUUGCUUUGUUCUGACUGGCAGAAGCUUUCCAGGGUCUGUCAUGGAGCUAGACUUUCCCCAGCCAAGUGAAGAGUCUUACUGCAAUUUAUUCAAAUGCUGCAGAUUUAUUCACAUGGACGAAGUUGUAAAUUAAUGCAAGGACCUUGACCUUGGCCUAGUCAUGGGCAUCUUGUGCAAGUUUUUCAGCACCAGAGUUAUGUGCUGGCUGUAGUCUGUCCCAAUCAACAGUCCAGCCUCAGCAAUUUGCACCAGCUCAAGGGUAUCCACACAGAGAGCACUUUGCAAUAAUCAAGUCUUGAGGUUACAGAUUAUUAUUACAUUAUUAUUACUUAAUGUAUAUAAAUCAUGCCUUUCUCCCAAAUUGGGAUACCAGGUGGUGUACAGCAUUUAGGAACAUCAUUAUAAAAUACAAUAAAAACGAGUUGGUUGUUAAAACUCAGCCAUUAAAAUUUAUACAAAAUGCAGUUAAAAUGCAACAGCAUGGGAUAAAGAGUAUACGUCUUCAUGCUUUUUAUUUUAUGCAGUGUACAUACUUACAUUUGCAGCCUACUUAUAUUUCUAUUCUUCUAACACCAGUUCAUCAGUUAAUGCUCAUGAAAGUGCACAGUCAGGAGAGCAGUGACUUCUGUCCCAGAGGGUUCGCAUUUGCAAGCUUAAGUUGCGGGAAGCAAUAGUUUGAAUGUUUGGAGACACUUCUUAAUAGUAAGAGGCUGUCUGUCAAAAUGUGCCCCUUGGGAUGCCAAACUACCCACCCUCGCCCCCACCAUGUAACCAGCAUCACAAAUGCCAGUUGGAGAAAAGCCUUUAUAGCUCUGCGGUUCACAGUUGAAAGACGCUACCGCCUGAUCCCUUAUGAAGAGAGAGUUUGCUCACUUAGGAGUUCGUGUGCCUGAAUAUUUACCCCACUACUUACUGGUUUGUCCAGUCCAUGAGGAAUUAAGAACAGCCUUGUUCAAAGAUUUAAAUAUCCCAAUUGGGAGAUUGAUUUGGUAUCAAACUAACUUUUUAUUAGGGGACAGGACCCCCUACACCUCUGAAAAUGCGGCUUAUUCUGCCUUUAGAGCAGCAAUUUGAAGGAGAAAAGUUUGUGGAGAUGAUAAGCUAAAUUCUUCAGGGCAGCGAACUCCUAUCUAACAGGAUGCCUGGUUUUAAUCAUUAUUUUAACUGUGUUCCGUUUUAUGCAUUUUGAUUUGUAAUGGUUUUCGCUACACAAACACUUGUAAUUUGUAAUGGUAAUAGCGGUCUGACAAAUGGAAGCAGGGAUGUGAAAUAGCUGGGCAAGAAUAGGUGGGCCGGAUGAAAGGGUUGCCACCCAACGCGUCACCUCUACCUACUGUUAACUAGACCCUAGGGAGGUGUUACAGCAACAAGUUGGCAUGACUUUUACCCCUCCUGCUGCCCUCCCCUGCCUCAGUUGUCUUCCGCUGUGUUGAAUGAUGGAUUGUAAGCUCCUUGGGGCAGAGACUCUCCUUUUGCACUUCUUGCAGAGUGCCAUGCCACAUCCACAGCACUAUACAAAUACGGUUGUGCUUCGUUUUGCUUGCUUUGGAAUUCCGGUAAAUCUGCAUAAAAUGCAACCAGGUGAUUUAUUCUUCGUGGCUUCUGCUGUUUUUUGGUACAAAUGCUAAAUAUAAUCCAACCUAUAUUUGCUGCUGCUGCUGCUUUUUUUUGGCAAAUGUCACAGAGGUGGGGCCGGGCAUUUGGCAAAGAUGCUUCUGGACUGGGGCAGGAUUCAGUUUUCACUGGCUGCUAAGCUUCCUCCUGGCCUGCCAGCGGCCUGUUCAGUUUCGCUGCGGCAACUGGAGGAGAGCUUGACUUGUAAAUCACAUCUAGGGAUGGAUGGAUGCCCUUGUGACUUGACCACUCCCCUGUGUUGGGAAAUGAGAAGGGAGUUUACUCUUAAUGCAGCCUUCUUCAGCCUGGUGCCCUCCAGAUGUUUUGGGAAUACAAAUCCCAGCAGCUGUAGCCAGAGUGGAUCCAAAUCUAAGGUGCCAGUGUGGUGUAGUGGUUAGAGCUUUGGACUGGGAUGUGGGAGACCAUGAUUUGAAUCCCCACUUGGCCAAGGAGGUUACCAGGUAGCCUCUCAGCCUAACCCAGGGGUCAGCAAACUUUUUCAGCAGGGGGCCGGUCCACUGUCCCUCAGACCUUGUGGGGGGCCAGACUAUAUUUUGGGGGGGGGAAAUGAAUGAAUUUCUGUGCCCCACAAAUAACCCAGAGAUGCAUUUUAAAUAAAAGGACACAUUCUACUCGUGUAAAAACACACUGAUUCCCAGACCGUCCGCGAGCUGGAUUUAGAAGGCGAUUGGGCCGGAUCCAGCCCCCGGGCCUUAGUUUGCCUACCCAUGGCCUAACCCACCUCACAAGGUUGUGGGGAUUAAAUGAGGUGGGGAGAACCAUGAGCUCCUUGGGGAAAAGGUGGGCUUUAAAUGCAACAAAUAAAUACAAAUAAACAAUGAAACUUCAGACUGGAACCUCAAGGACUUUGAAGGGGAUGUGGAGCCUCAUAUUGCUACAGAAGGGAGGUUCAGCAUCAACCCUCAAAAUUGUCUGGCAGUGUAAAUCAUAGAAUCAUAGAGUUGGAAGAGACCACAAGGGCCAUCGAGUCCAACCCCCUGCCAAGCAGGAAACACCAUCAGAGCACUCCUGACAUAUGGUUGUCAAGCCUCUGCUUAAAGACCUCCAAAGAAGGAGACUCCACCACACUCCUUGGCAGCAAAUUCCACUGUCAAACAGCUCUUACUGUCAGGAAGUUCUUCCUAAUGUUUAGGUGGAAUCUUCUUUCUUGUAGUUUGGAUCCAUUGCUCCGUGUCCGCUUCUCUGGAGCAGCAGAAAACAACCUUUCUCCCUCCUCUAUGUGACAUCCUUUUAUAUAUUUGAACAUGGCUAUCAUAUCACCCCUUAACCUCCUCUUCUCCAGGCUAAACAUGCCCAGCUCCCUUAGCCGUUCCUCAUAAGGCAUCGUUUCCAGGCCUUUGACCAUUUUGGUUGCCCUCCUCUGGACACGUUCCAGUUUGUCAGUGUCCUUCUUGAACUGUGGUGCCCAGAACUGGACACAGUACUCCAGGUGAGGUCUGACCAGAGCAGAAUACAGUGGCACUAUUACUUCCCUUGAUCUAGAUGCUAUACUCCUAUUGAUGCAGCCCAGAAUUGCAUUGGCUUUUUUAGCUGCCGUGUCACACUGUUGGCUCAUGUCAAGUUUGUGGUCAACCAAGACUCCUAGAUCCUUUUCACAUGUACUGCGAAAAGUACAUGAAAAUCCUGGCCUUUUGUUAACAGAGGAGGACCCUAGUCUCUCCACCCAGACUGUGGAAAGCUCAGGACAGUGGGUUCACCCUGCAGGUGUCUCCAAAGCCCCAGCCUGGCCAUGACCGAGGGCAAGUUGCCUCCCCCUGGGUCACGUGGCUUGGCUUCCUUGUGUGAGUUAUUAUCUGUAGCUAUGUUAUUUGCACCACAUGUCCAUUGUGGCAUAUGUGUGAAUACACACACACGGAUCUGGAUUGUGAUGACUAGUAGUUAGACAUCUCUGCCUGUCAGUCAGUAGUGUGAACUACCGUAUAUGAUCCCUGGGCUGCUGCCUUAGGACUCAACAAUAGCAGCCCUGGCAUGAAUACAUACUGUUUCCUAGCAACUAGACACAACCUCCUGUGCUGAUUCCAGAAAGCGUUGGAAACAUUUUGGUUCUUUCCUUAAAAACAGAAAAGAAAAGCUGUCCCUCAGGUAGUUCUUUGUGCUUUUUCAUAGUGCAGGGAGGGAGGAGGGAAAGAUCCAGUGUGCAAUGAUGAGUCUCCCACCGGCUGUUUUUGCAAAGAGGUGUGGUAGCUCGAAUUUCACCCGCUGACCUGUGUGCUAAUGGAGUUGGCACCCAGCUUCUGCUGUGGAUGGACUUUUCCCAGGCAGAUCCUCCUCUGCGGGUCCUCUUAGGCCCUACACAAGGUGUUUUUUCCUUUUGAAUGUGAUUUGCAGGGUGCGAGUUUGUGUGUGUGCGUACCUACUCAGCAUACACGGGAACAGACUACAGUGGUACCUUCAGUUACAGAUGCUUCAGGUUACAGACUCUACUAACCCAGAAAUAGUACCUCGGGUUAAAAACUUUGCUUCAGGAUGAGAACAGAAAUCAUGCGGCGACGGCGGGAGGCCCCAUUAGCUAAAGUGGUACCUCAGGUUAAGAACAGUUUCAGGUUAAGAACGGACCUCCAGAGCGAAUUAAGUUCUUAACCCAAGGUACCACUGUGUUCUAUUAAUUUUGAUGAUCACGUUACUGAACCUUGUUUGAUUGGGUAUGAUUUUGCUUUUACAGUGGUACCUCGGGUUACAGACGCUUCAGGUUACAGAUUCUGCUAACCCAGAAAUAGUACCUCGGGUUAAGAACUUUGCUUCAGGAUGAGAACAGAAAUCAUGCGGCGGCGGCAGCGGGAGGCCUCAUUAGCUAAAGUGGUACCUCAGGUUAAGAACAGUUUCAGGUUAAGAACAAACCUCCGGAACGAAUUAAGCUCUUAACCCGAGGUACCACUACAUUAUGACUGAAGUGCCAGAUAUAGAAAUAGAAAUAGCAGACAGAAUAAUUACAUAAAUAAUUGUACAGAGUCUGUUGCAAGGAAAAUGGAAAUUCUGUGGCUGCUAUGAAUUUAGAAAAUGUGUGUGCCUUGGCUCCUUUCAGGAGGAGGAGAGUCCAUAAUGCAUUCUUGGGGGGGGGGGGGGCGGGGAAGAGAAAGUAUUGAUGCCUUUUCCCCUGGCCACACGCUUCAAACUCAGCCCCACAAGAUCAAUUAGUCUUUGCCAACAUGCUUCCAAAUUUUUCCUGUGUUAACGCUUUUUACCCAGUCGUUUCGACGUGACUUCUGUUUCUUCUUUAGCAAGGCUGAGAGGCUAAAAAGUGUUGCAUUCUCAUCAAUCUUUCUCCAUACUGCUUUCUUUACCAACCUCUAGUGCCCUCCAGAUGCUUUGGACUACAACACGCAUCAACACAGCCCUAUCUGUGGUAUAGGGAUUGGUAGGAGUCAUAGUCAAAAACAUCUGGACUGAGUCUGUAGAAGCAGAGGCUGCCUUAUGCUAGAGUUUGGGUGUUGUCUGCUUUGACUGCCAGCAGUGGCUUUCCAGGCUCUCAGGCAGAGAGAGAGAAAAGCCACCUCCAUCAGCUCCCUGAGGUUAUUUCCACUGGACAUGCCAGGAUUUGAACCUGAGACCUUCUGCCUGCAAAGCAGGGGCGUUAUGCCACUGAGCUCUCCCUCAGAGGCACAUGGAGAUUCUUGAACAUGGGUAGGCAACCUAAGGCCCGGGGGCCGGAUCUGGCCCAAUUGCCUUCUAAAUCCAGCCCACGGAUGGUCCGGGACUCAGCGUGUUUUUACAUGAGUGGAAUGUGUCCUUUUAUUUAAAAUGCAUCUCUGGGUUAUUUGUGGGGCAUAGGAAUUCAUUCAUCCCCCCACUUCAAAAUAUAGUCUGGCCCCCCACAAGGUUUGAGGGACAGUGGACCAGCCCCCUGCUGAAAAAGUUUGCUGACCGCCCCCUUCUUGAAAGUUCACAGAAAGGUUAUUUCCCUUUCCCUUUGUUCAUUCCCUAUUCACUCUCCCACAUCCCUGCUCAUUUCCCUCCCUCUCCCCCCCCCCCGCCAUAUGUAUUACUUAGUUGGAACAAGGGAUUGGGUGGGGGGAAAGAGGAUUUCAUUUGAUUCACAUUUAUAGGUGAACUUGGCUAAUUGCCACUUUCUGAAACAACAUGAGAGCUGAAAAACCACCACCACCAAAUGCUCACAUGUCUCUGAGUUUUGCGAUGCUGUUCUUCAACCAAGUUCAUCAGGUGUACAAAAGUCAUGUUACGGGGGUUAAGUGCCACAUGCAAAAUACAUUAUAUUAGGGGAAAUCGUUUUGCCAGUAUAUUAGGAGAAUUUCUGGUGUUGAUUCUGCAUCCAAGUCUUUAGUUUACCUGGUCAAAAAACCCCCCCACUAUCAGAACAAUAUAAAUUCCAGGCUCUUAGCUAAUUCUGCUAAGAGAAAACAAACCAAGGGCCAGUUUUUUCUUUAUGCGUAUUUGGACCCAGAGGGGGGAAAGACUCUGAUGCUAAUCAAACUGCCUCUGUAUUCAUUAUAUAUUAUGCAUCCCUCUGUGCCACUGCAUCGCUGGAUGUCGAUUGCAUCUGUCUUUUGAUGGAUAGGCAACCUAAGGCAUAGGGGGCCGGAUCUAGCCCAAUCGCCUUCUCAAUCCGGCCUGUGGACAGUCUGGAAAUCAGUGUGUUUUUACAUGAGUAGAAUGUGUCCUUUUAUUUAAAAUGCAUCUUUGGGUUAUUUGUGGGGCACAGGAAUUCGUUCACCCCACAAAAAAAUAUUGUCCGGCCCACCACAUGGUCUGAGGGACAGUGUGGACCGGCCCCCUGCUGAAAAAGGUUGCUGACCCCUGGUCUAGAUAGCCCUACACCCCUGAGAGUCAUUCGGAGGCCACAGUUCGCCUCCCGGAGCUACAGUUCCUAGAGUGGUGUAACAAUCCGUCUCCUCAGGGAACUUUUGGAAUUGUAGCUCAUGGGGGGGGGGGAAUAGUGCAGUAUCUCUCAACACCCCUAUCAAACUAUAGCUCCCAGAAUUCUUUGGGGGGAAAGCUGUGGCUGUUUAAAAUGGUGCUGUACUUCUUCAAAUGUGUGAUGUGAACCGGGUCUCUUAAAGAGUUUACCACAUAGAAACAGCCAGCCAGCAGGCGAUGCAAUAGGAAAUUCUUGCUAGGUUGCAUGAUAUGGCCUUGGAGACUGACCCCCCCCACCCCCAAUCCAUCCAAACUAUUUAGGUUGAAAAUACAAAGGCCCCAUUUCAUAGCUAGUGACUCUUUUGAAAGACUGCGGAGCUAUCCAGCUCUCCUCCCAGAGGCCAGCCAUCAAGCUGGUUGUUUCCAGCCAAGUUUCCCUCCUUCUCUACGCUCCCUGUCCCCUGAGCCUGGGCGUCUGUGUCUGAAGAGAAGACAAAAGCGCCUCUCUGCUUGUCUUAUAUGGGAUUCCUGCUUGGGCACAGUGGUGUGAAUGGCUUGUCUCUAGCGCCUGGGGAAGGGGCAUGAUGCAAAUUCACUUCUACACAAAAGGCUCUUUGAGGGAAGGAGGCUGGGCCAGCAGGAGAUUGAUCUUGAGAAAAGCCAUGAACUUGAGGAAAUACAGUAGAUGUUUCCCAUAGAAUGUCAAAUGCCAAGGUAGGGGGUGUGACGGCGCAAUGGCCCCUUUUCCCCCUGGCGCCAUUGGACCUGUCCUCUCACUUAAAAAUAGAGUGUGCACCCAACUCCAAUCCCACAAAUUCCCACAAUCUCAGAUUAUCUUGUGGGGGACUUGCGUGAGGUAAAACUUAAUAAUUAGGAGUCUCAGGCAGGAUUUGUUCUAAUAAACAAUAAUGGUUUUAUUUAACAAGGAAGUUUAUGACACGAGUAGAUAACACUUACGAUACUUCAGUUUACAAUGUUAUUUCACUUCAAGGUUUUCUCAGUUGUUUCACACUUAAUACUUUGGUUCUUAACUUAAUACUUUGGUUCUUAACAAGCCUACUCCAAGGCUUAACCCUACUCCUGAGGUACUCCAAGUAAUAGACCCAAGGUUUCACUGGUUUGGGAGUCUUCUCUUACUAGAAGAAUCUCUCCCCUCCUGACUGGAAUGACACCUAAAUAGACUGUCUCUUUACAGCUUCUACUUCUCCUGUCUCAACCUCAGCCUCCCAGUUAAUUCCUGGCCUAUUUCUCUUACAGGACACCACACACUGUCCUUCACACUAAGCUCAGAGACUCCUUUCUGUAGCUUGUGAUAUUUUCCUCAGAGUGGAUGUUUCUACCCAGAACCAGCUCUCACUCCCUAUCACUACAAUGCACUCUCCGUGGGACUGCCCUUGAAGACAACUUGGAAACUUAACUUGGUCCAUAAUGCAGCUGCCAUAUUGCUGAGUGGGCUUCCGUUUAGAUUUCAUAUAACCCCUGUUUUUAAAAAGCUGCACUGGCAGCCAGUUUGUUUCUGGGCCCAAUCAAAGGUGUUCACUUAGUGUUUAAAAUCCUAAAUGACUUGGGCCCCAAAUAUCUGAAAGCCUACCUCCUUCGCUGCAGAACCCUUUGGGUGCUAAGAUUGGUAGUUCUUCUGCCCUCAGAGAUUCAGAGUGGCAGUGAGCCAGGAGAAGGCCUUCUCUGUGGUGGCCCCAGUUGUGGAACUCCCUCCCUACAGAGACACGCUCGGCACCUUCAUUACAUAGCUUUUGGCAAAUGCUGAAGAUGUGCCUCUGUACCCUGACCGUUGAUGCUUGAGGUACAUAUUUUUAAAACUUACAACUUGUGGUUGUAAGCUGCUUAAAUCUGUUUCCAAUACUGUGUUUUUUAACAUUGUAACCUGUCCCGGGAUCUUAGGAUGAAGGGCAGGUGAUUAGUAAUAAUAAUGAUUCAGACCACCACCCUGGGUUAUUCUGAUCAGUAAUGGUGGAAGAGCUGACCCAUUGCCACUGCUCAACUUCCCAGGUAGCGCUCCAGGGAAGAAGGGAGCUGGCUGUGGCUCUGGGCACCCAGAAGGCCCCGCAAGAACGCUCCAGAAUGUUCUAGAACCAUCUUGAAUAUUCUGGAACAGUUUUGCAGCCUGCAGGGCUCUCCUGGCAGACGUGCACCACUUUCUGGAGUAGAUGAACCAAGAGAGAAGUAGUUUUCCUGAAGUUUGAAGGCCUUUGGGCAAGGGUGGGGAGAUCUCAGUGGCAGAAUCUGGCCAUUCACUAGCCCUGAUCUGUGUUCUCUCCUCCAGUGCUUAAGCCUGGCUGGGAUGCAUCCUUGCACUCUGGUAAUGCUUCUUGCUUUCCUGGAUGGUGAAAGGAGACAUUUCCUGUGCAGGGUGACGUAUCCUUGAAGCUUGUGCAGAAGCUCCUGACUUUUGUUGGAAUGUAGCAUCUUGUAGAAAGGUGAAAGGCACAUCCAUUGCUCCACCUGCUUUUGGUUCUGACCCUGCCUGUCACUGGCAUAUGGCCCCUCAGAAGCUUGUUCAUGGGGGAAUGUGGCCCUCAGGCAGCAUAAUUCCCCACCUUGGGACAUAGGAAGCUGUCAGUCAGCUGGCGAGGAGGGCUAAAAGCUCUGCCCUCUGGAAGGGAUUUGCUGGUUUGCAAAGCAGGCACGAAAACAGCCAGCCUUGAAGGGCUUCUUCACCCAUUCGGCAGAGCCGGCAAUGAAACCUGUUCAUUCCCUCUCCCUCCUCUUUGCAGCACCUGUCUCUGAGAUGUGUGAAAUGGGGCUGGUCUCUCCUGAGCCCUCCAGCCUGACGCCAUACUAUGGGGAGAUGCCGGACGCUUAUUGUCAGGACGACCGCUGGCAGAGGUUGCGCACGGCUGUCAGGAAGCUGGAAUUCUGGGAGAACUUUGAGGCGGAAUUGAUCGGCAGCGGCUUCUUCUCCAAAGUGUUCAAGGUACGACUGACGCGAAAUGCAGCCUUUGCAAUGCUUUGACACUGGCUUAAGCUUUUAGUGCAGAUUCACCCUCAGGAGUGCAGGAUACUUGCAACCCUUUGCGCCUGCCUGUGCUGCCUCUUCAGUACAGCUGCCCUGUCAGAGAAGGGAGAGAGUGUUACUCUGGCAGCCUUUUUUGUGCUGCUGUAAAACAGAAACCUGUUGCAGCCUGGAAAGGGCGGGUAAGGCUGUACUGUGGUGGUGGUGUGGAGCAUGUGUUUUGUGUGCCAGGGGUGUCUAUGUAUCUAUGUCAGGGGUCAGCAGACUUACUGCGCCUCAGGCUGGUGUCUCCAUCUCUGAUUGCACAGCGGGCCAGAGGGUGGGGGAACUUGUGCCCAUACGCGUGUGCAUACGCUAUUUCUGGCGCACUUCCGGGUCGGAGGAGCUUGUGCACAUGUGCAAGGGCUUCCUCCGACCUGGAUCUGCACUGGGAAAAACACCUGCGUAUGCGCAAAUAACGCUUGCGCACGAGCACAAGCUAUUUCCGGUGCUCCUCUGAUCCAGAAAUGGGCAGCCUUGCAGCGCAGCGCUGGUAAGAGCGGGCAGUGACAGCAGGCGGCAGGGGUCGCUGCAGGCCAGAUAAAUGAGUCCCUCGGGCCUUAUCCAGCCCAUGGGCCUUAGUUUGGGGACCUCUGGUCUAUGUGGUGCGGUCCCAGGUUUAAUUCCCUGCAUCUCCCUGUAAGGCUGAGAGAGAGACCCCCUGCCUGAAGCCCCACAGAGCUGCUGCCGGUGAGAGGACACAGCAGUGAACAAGACAGUCUGGUGGCCUGACACGGAUAACACAGCUUCUUGUGUUCCUAGAAUGGGGGAGGCAACCUAAGGCCCAGGGGCCCGGAUGCGACCCAAUCGCCUUCUCAAUCCGGCCCGCGGACGGUCCGGGAAUCAGUGGUUUUUUACAUGAGUAGAAUGUGUGCUUUUAUUUAAAAUGCACCUCUGGGUUAUUUGUGUGGCAUAGGAAUUCGUUCCUCUUCUUUUUUCAAAAUAUAGUCCGGCCCCCCCCACAAGGUCUGAGGGACAGUGGACCGGCCCCCUGCUGAAAAAGUUUGCUGACCCCUGUCCUAGACCUUUACUCAAGCCUGUGUGCAUUAAACCCACAACUUAACAGUGGUCAAAGAAGCUCAGCCGGGUUUCCUGAGAAAAGGCACAGUGCAGUGUUUCAGACAAGGAAGGUCAGCUGUAAAAAUUGCCAGUCUCCUGCCAGCCUUCCUGAUGCAAGCAGAUUUGGAAGCAUAGCACAUUCUCUCCAUCCCAGGCACCGCCUCCCCUGGCAACUGGCAACCAUGAGCUGGUUCCCAAUCCGUCAUCCCCACCUACUCACUGCAGCCUCCUGACUCUCUUGUUCCUCCCACUCUUGCAAAUUGUUGUUGUGAUAGUUACUAUCUCCUCCCCCCUCCCUGCACACACACACACACACACACACACACACACACACACAAUUUUCUUGCAGCAUUUCUUUCUCUCUCUCUCCUUUCUUGGCUCUCUGUAGAAUCCCAGCAGCCAGCAAAGCUGGAGACAUUUCACUGUAGAAUGAAACCGUUUUAAAUAACAUGAAGGAUUCCCAGAGAUCUACUAUGAAGCCUUUGUUUAGAAUGGGGGUGUGUGUGUGUGUCUCUUAUUGGACAUAGGUGAAAUUGUGUUUUCUCAUGCUGAGGGCAUCGUCCUUCUAGUUUUAUAAUGCCCAGUGAUGAAAUAGCAUUUGAUGUUUGGGUUUGUAUGGCAUCCAGGAGAGCUGUUCCCUAGGGUUUAAUCCAUUGGUUCCUAAACUCUUUUGGGCUACUGCCCCCUUGGUUCCAUAAACUCACCCGAUAAAAAGCAUUGGUCAGAACAGCACAGUAAAAUUUGAAACAGUAAGGUGCUCGUGUAUUCAAAAUCCAAUUAAAACUUAAGUUUAGCUAACAAAACUGAUUAAUUUGAUCCAGCGACACCAGCUUCUCAGAGUCUGAUGGUUACUUAGCAAGAGUCUUGUUCCCCACCCCUGAAGUAAAGGUUGCAGUCCUCAUUCUCAGCCUCCCUCAUCCACUUGUGUGGAGUCUCUCCUUCAUGGGCGGUGGUGGUGGGGAAGCGCUCAGCUAUUUAUCUAUUUGUAGGAGUUUCUAAACUGCUCAACGCAUAAAAAAUACCACAAACAGAUCCAGUCAAACAGACCCAGUUGAAAGUGCUUCACGUAUAUUAGGCACAUCCAACGGAUAGAUCGUGAUCUACCGGUAGAUCACUGGACGUCUGUGGUAGAUCACUGGCUCCCCCCGAAAAAGCUUAACAACUUUGACCUGAACCCCAAAAAAGGGGGUAGAUCACUGCCAGUUUUUAACUCUGUGAGUAGAUUGCGGCCUCUUGGGAGUUGGCCACCUGACUUAUAUUAUAUCACUAAGAUAAUAUCUUCACAAUAGCCCUGCCCUGGUAGAUCAGCCUGAAGCUGGUCUAAAGUAAAAAGGACAGGAAUUUCCCUCCAGCCUGCCAGUGAGUUUGUGGUGGAGGGGAGGUGGUUGUGUUGUGUUUCCGAAUGUUUUAUUGAAUUUAUAGUAAGAUGUCAUUGACCAAGGACACGGCCAAAUAAUGGUAUCAUUGAGUACAGUACCAAGGCUUCAACUAUCCACAGCAGAGCAUGCGUGGUGGAGGCCGGACAUUAAUGUCACUUCUGUCUAUGUUGUUGCACCACCUCGCCCAGUUUCUGCUCAUAAAGCCCUCAUCCGAGCACAGUACGCAGACACUUGCCAGGUGGUUAUAGCAGGUCUUUAAACGCUGAAUACUUGGUGCAAUAUGCCACUGACCCCGCUAUUCUGCCAGCCUGGUUAAAGCAUCAGCCUUGUUUUGAGCUGGCUGCCUCUUCCUCUGAGAGCUGUGAGUGUGUAAAUCCCUUUUAUUCUUCACUAAAAACAACUGCUGAGCCACAAUGCUGCCAGGCUGGUUAAUAGCCAAAGCAAAUGAGGGGUUUUUGAUAGUUGUUUACCCAGUUACAAAGCAAACUAAGUCUCUUAAGAUGUUUGCCAAUUCCCUGCAAUUGCCUGGAGCCUGCAGCUCUCUAUUUUAAGGCUGGCUGGUCUUUUACACCCAGAUGUUCCAGGGGAAAACCUGAAGAUCUUGAAGAUGCAAACUGCUGCUCUCUAAUUCACAGAAUUCCAAGGAGAUAUCGUAUGAGUUUUAUUUGAUAGAUUGGUUAUAUUUGUGGAUGGGUAAAUAUUAUAUAUAUAUAUUUCCCUCCACAAGUUGUGAGGAGGUGUGUGUGAAUCUGAACUUAUGAUAUGGUUUAUAUCUUUAGAUCAUGGCAUAAGUAUAAGAUAGACAUAGCUCUAAUGUGGCAUGAGACACCCCCUCCCCCGAUGAGCUUUGGUGACCCUGGAACAAGCCGGAUUUCGACUGCCUGCUGAAAGGCAUUUGGGCAUCCUGAGUUCACCCGUAAAAAGGUAAAGGUAAAAGACCCCUGACAGUUAAGUCCAGUCGUGAACAAGUCUGGGGUUGCAGCACUCAUCUUGCUUUAUUGGCCGAGGGAGCCGGCGUACAGCUUCCGGGUCAUGUGGCCAGUAUGACUAAGCCGCUUCUGCCGAAACCAGAGCAGCACACGGAAACGCCGUUUACCUUCCCGCCGGAGCGGUACCUAUUUAUCUACUUGUACUUUUUGGCGUGCUUUCGAACUGCUAGGUUGGCAGGAGCUGGGACCGAGCAAUGGGAGGUCACCCCAUCUCGGGGAUUUGAACCUCUGACCUUCUGAUUGGCAAGCCCAAGAGGCUCAGUGGUUUAGACCACAGCACCUCCCGUGUGGCUAAGUGUAGGAUAUUCAACUCCUCAGUAGGAUCUAUUUGCAUAAUGGUGAGGUGAUUUGAAGGCAGAUAGCAGACAGGGAUGCCUAGUUACAGGUAGGUAGCCGUGUUGGUCUUAAAAAGCAUCUUAAAAAGCAGAGACAUCACCUUGCCAACAAAGGUCCGUAUAGUUAAAGCUAUGGUUUUCCCAGUAGUGAUGUAUGGAAGUGAGAGCUGGACCAUCAAGAAGGCUGAUCGCCGAAGAAUUGAUGCUUUUGAAUUAUGGUGCUGGAGGAGACUCUUGAGAGUCCCAUGGACUGCAAGAAGAUCAAACGUAUCCAUUCUUAAGGAAAUCAGCCCUGAGUGCUCACUGGAAGGACAGAUCGUGAAGUUGAGGCUCCAAUACUUUGGCCACCUCAUGAGAAGAGAAGACUCCCUGGAAAAGACCCUGAUGUUGGGAAAGAUGGAGGGCACCAGGAGAAGGGGACGACAGAGGACAAGAUGGUGGGACAGUGUUCUCGAAGCUACCAGCAUGAGUUUGACCAAACUGUGGGAGGCAGUGGAAGACAGGAGUGCCUGGUGUGCUCUGGUCCAGGGGGUCACGAAGAGUCGGACACGAUUGAACGACUAAACAACAACAACAGCCAUGUUGGUCUGCUGUAGUUGAAACAAAAAUUUAAAAAUCCUUCCAGUAGCACCUUAGAGAGCAACUAAAUUUGUUAUUGGUAUGAGCUUUCGUGUGCAUGCACACUUCUUCAGAUACCUAGGGAUGCCUAGGUUCAGAUAACUAUUACAAGUCUUUCACCCUUUUGUUAAACAAAUAGGGUGGCUAGUUAAACAAUUUCUCACUAUUCUGGGGAUAGCAGUGCAAAAUUUUAAAGGGAAAACAUUCCCUUCUCUAAGCUGAGAUUGAUUUAUAGGGCUUGGAUUCCACUGAUACUGCAUUCCACUUAAGAGUCAUCUAUUUUCAGCUCUAGGCCCUUCUCCCAGGUAAGUGUAAAAGCUUCUAAUGGGUCUGCCUAGAUAUAUCAAGAAGUUCCUGUAGAGAGUUGGGGGGGGGGUUGCCUUUCACAACUGCUAAAAAUAAAACCUUCAUGCUCAGAGGCAGUGCGCCUCUGGAUAACUGUUAUAUGGGGGAGAGGACAGUAGAGAAAGUUGUUGUUUUCUUCAGGCCCUGAGGUUUGUAAUAGGCCAUUGUGGGGGAAGCCCAGUGACCCCACAGUUGCUUUCAGUCAUCCUGACCAUUGGCCCUGCUGGCUGGAGCUGAUAGGAGUUUGAGUCCAAAAGCUGGAGGGCACCUAAAGCAGUUGCUCCCAAAGUAGUCAGUAUCCGUGCUCUGGGGGCCAGUUGGUGGGGUUACCUGUGGAGUGAGGCAACAGCUUCCAUUGCAACCUUUUCUUUCCUGAAUCUUAAUGCCAAAUUGAUUGAAUUCCUGAUGACUUCCGACUCAGGGUAGCACAGUGUGGGAGCACUGAUAUUCCACUGAGCACAGAGAGAAGCAGAUGGUGGGUGAGAGAAUCUGGAAGGCUUCCGAUUGUGGGUGCCAAAUACCCUGAACUGUUGGUCUAGAUUAGACAUGCCUUGAAAGUGAUUAAGAGGAGGCAAGGCAUGGUGGACAUUAGCAAAUGGCAGCACUGUCCUCAGCAAAACAUAUUUUAUUAGGAAGAGGCGUAUGGAGCUGAGUGAAGAUUUCCUGCAUUGCCUGUUUGCAAAGGUCACUCCACAAUUUUGCAUCCAUUAGAGGCGGCAUAGUGACUGUUUUAUGGAGCUGAACAGCUGAGCUGCCCCCAUCAAUCUUGUUUAGAAGCUGGGAAUGUGGAACAGCCAAGGUAGUGCACAAAGAGGGAUGCGGGAGGCGAUAAAGGUCAGACCUGCGAUGGAAGUGCUAAGCAGGGCUAUUAGUUAAUUAAAAGGCCUUCACAAAUCAACAAGGAACCCUUUUAAAGUGUGGCUUUGGAUGAAUCUGAAAUUUGCGUAUGUCAGUUUCAGUAAGAGGACAGAUUCUGGCACUAAUUAUUGGAAAGAGAGAUAUGCUUUUAACAUUUUUUUUUGUUUUUGUUUUCAUUCCCUAGCCCUGUAAUGCUUCAGAAUUCACAUUAGUGUACCCUUUGCACACAGCUGCACUGAGUGUAGAAUUACUCUCGGCCAAUAAAUAAAGCUUUAGUUGAUUUAAUCUAACACUCCCACUUUCUGAAAUUGCAGCUCUGGCACUAAAAGACAAAUGAAAAUUUAGCUGCAGCAGAUAUUACCUGCUGAAGAUAAAGGAAUCAGGCCCACUAGAAAAAUCAAUAUGUAAACAUGAAAUCCUCUAGAGGUAAAAAAAUGUAAGGACAAUUUUCUUUCUUUAGUUAGGUUUUUAAAAUGUUAAAUAAUGUAAAACAGAACCAUUCACCCCGGCCUAUGAAUGGCUGCGGAUAAUACAGGAAAAAAGGAAUAUGUGCAGAGCCUCACAAACUAAGGUUCACUGGAAAUGCAGUCUGUCUUUCUAGAAAAUAAGGUGUAUCCAUGUCAGUGGUGUUUUUGUUUUUAUAGCCUUGGUUCUAAUUUCUAUUUUACAGAAAGUCUGGAAUGUAUCACUGAAGUCCCCAUCCCCUGUUUUUGUCUCUGCUUCAAUAUUUCUUACUAGUUUUCUGCUGGUAUGGUUUUGUUUUAUGCUUGAUUGUGCAUCUUAAUAAAAUUCUUUAUAAUACUAUAAAGAAAAUAUAUGUAUAGAAGCCCCCACCUGGAAGCGUUUUUGGUAGAUUUCAGCAGGCCUUGUGUAUAAAGGUCUCUUCCAAUUAACCAGAGCACCUCCUCACUGCCCCAGCUGGAAAAUUCACAUCCCAUGGGUGCCACGUGCAAGGAGUGGCUGUUUAUAAAUUUGCUGUGGGAGAAGUGCAGAGAUGUGGCAACCUCUUUGGCAGGUGUCAUUUGGAGCCUUUAAUCUGUUUAAAGUGUCCAGAUAAAGGGAUGUGAUAGCACUACUCCCUUCUGCCUUGGUCAAACCUCACCUGAAGUCCUGUGUCCAGUUUAAGAAGGAUAUUGACGAGCUGGAAGGUGUGGAGAGGCGGGUGACCAAGAUGAUUGAAGGUCUGGAAACCAAGCCUUAUGAGGUUGCUGCAAAGGUUUUUAAGUGGAGUUUGGAUGGCCAUCUGUCGGGUAUUCUUUAGUUGUGAUCCCUGCAUUGUCAGGGUUGGACUAGAUGACCCUUGGGGUUCCCUUUGAGCUCUAUAAUUCUAUGAUUCUGUUAUCCUUAGUUUCUACGUCGUGUCCUUUGCAUGUGCUUUGGUACCUUAAGCCUGUGAGCUCUCCCAAACUUUGUUUAAGCUGUUUCCAUCUUACUGAGCAAAUCACUAAUACGAUAGGGAGGGGAAAGUGUCAACAAAGGGCCUCUGUUUGGUCUGAUAGCUUGAUCAGAAUGAUCCAGCAGGUACCAGCUUAAUUUAGGUUCACCUCCAAGUGCCAGGGUUUUAAAGGAGCCAUCAAGGUGAUGUGACAUUAUACCAAGGAGAUCCUAGUAUGGUUGUUUCAAAUUUUGUUUGCUCUGCAGGGUUGCCCAGAGAUAGGCAAAGACAAAGACUAAUAAUAAUAAUAAUAAUAAUAAUAAUAAUAAUAAUAAUAAUAAUUUAUUUAUACCCUGCCCUUCCCGGGGUAUAAUACUAAGGUAGAUGGGUCAGCAGUCUGACUUGGAGGUAUUGUUACUAUUACUAUUACUAUUACUAUUCCUAUUAUUAUUAUUAAUCCUGCCAAGUCAGAUAAUAAUAAGUGGCAAUUUAAUUUACAUACUGCUUAAUGCCUAGGUGGCUUCUAAGCAGAACAGAAAAACAAUUGCACAACAUUAUUUAAAAACAGAAUUUAAAUACAACCCUUUAUAUCAGGGGUCAGCAAACUUUUUCAGCAGGGGGCUGGUCCACUGUCCCUCAGACCUUGUGGGGGGCAGGACUAUAUUUUUUUUUGGGGGGGGGGGGGAGAACGAAUUCCUAUGCCGCACAAAUAACCCAGAGAUGCAUUUAAAAUAAAUCACACAUUCUACUCAUGUAAAAACACACUGAUUCCCGGACCGUCCUCGGGCCGGAUUGAGAAGGCGAUUGGGCUAGAUCCGGCCCCUGGGCCUUAGGUUGCCCACCCAUGCUUUACAUCCUGCUUGUGGGCCUAUCAGAGGCACCUGGUCGGCCAGUGUAGGAAACAGAAUCAUAGAAUCGUACAGUUGGAAGUGAACCUGAGAAUCAUCUAGCCAAACCCCUGCAAUGAAGGAUUAUGCAGCUGUAUGGGGACUGAACCUGCAACUUUGGUUUUCUCAGCACAUGCCCAUACCAACUGCAGGAUGCUAAGGUAGGGACGUGGGAGGCUGCCUUAUACUGAGUGAGACCACAUCAAGCUCAGUACUAGGAACAUGAGGAGAUUCUGCUGGAUCAGGCCAAUGGCCCAGCUAGUCUAGCAUCCUGUUCCCACAGUAGCUCACCCAGAUACCUCAGAGGGAGACCAGCAAGCAGGAUUCAAGCACUAGAGCACUUUCCCUCCUGUGGCUUCCAGAAACUACGAUACGAUAAUAUUUAUUGUCAUUGUCCCAUACAGAACAACGAAACCAAAAAUCUACACAGGACAUUCAGAACCAACAAGCCUUCUAUCCCAGCUAUCCCAGCCUGGUUAGCCCCCUAAAAACUCUGAUAUCCCAUAAUUAAAUACAAUAUACUCCCACAGAGACUACCUUAAAGGUAAAGGUAAAGGGACCGCUGACCAUUAGGUCCAGUCGCGGACAACUCUGGGGUUGCGGCGCUCAUCUCGCUUUAUUGGCCAAGGGAGCCGGCGUACAGCUUCCAGGUCAUGUGGCCAGCAGGACUAAGCCACUUCUGGCGAACCAGAGCAGCGCACGGAGACUACCUUACACUGCGUUUAGAACUAAAAUCGCAUUUGAAUAGAAGCUGUUUCUCAGGCGGCUAGUCCUAUACAGUGGUACCUCUGGUUAUGUACUUAAUUCGUUUUGGAGGUCCAUUCUUAACCUGAAACUGUUCUUAACCUGGAGCACCACUUUAGCUAAUGGGGCCUCCUGCUGCCGCUGCGCCGCUGCUGCGCGAUUUCUGUUCUCAUCCUGAAGCAAAGUUCUUAACCUGAGGUACUAUUUCUGGGUUAGCGGAGUCUGUAACCUGAAGUGUAUGUAACCCGAGGUACCACUGUAUAUAAGUUUAUAUAAAAGCGGGCUCAACACCCCCCCCCCCGUGGCGUCCCCGUAUUCAUGAGAUCCUCAGAGACAUGGUAACCCAUCCUGACCCGUUGGGAAUGGUUUGAUAGAAAAUCUAAUAUCCACCUUCACAAAAGUCCCAGGUCUAAUAGUUUGGGCACCAGUCUAUGCGGAAGAAUAGUAUUAAAUGCAGAACUAGUAUUCAAAAGCAUUGUUGCCGCCAGCUGUGGAGCACAGCCACUUUGUGUAGUAGCCAUUGACUGCCCUCUCUUUCAUGAACCUGUCUCCCCCUUUUUUAAAGUCAUCCAAGUUGCUGGCUGUCACUGACUCCAGUGGGAAGAAGUUCCAUACUUUGACUACGCCCUGCAAUCUGCAUGAAUAAGUACUUUCUUGUACCUGUUCUGAAUCUUCCAAAAACACACAGGUUGCCCAAAGCCCUGGAGGCAAAGCAAUGGUGGUGAAGAUCUACAAGAAUGACGCAGACCAGGAGGGGAUCGUACGCGAGAUCAGCUUGCUGCAGAAGCUCUCCCAUCCCAACAUUGUCAGGUGGGUCUCUGGGUGGCAGGUGACCAGGGGUGGCUCCGCCACUGCCCUCGGUGAGGCAGUCGCCUCAGGCAGCAGGCUGGAGACAACUGGAAGGGGCGGCAGAUCCAGGGCCCCAAGAAGCAUGCCUCACACUACCUUCUGCACUUGUCUCCCAUGGCCAUGGUCUAGAAAGAGUGGGAGAAAUUAUUUGUCCACCUGCUCCCCUCUGGCUUCCUUUUUUCUCCCUUGCUGCUUCCAGGAUGUUGGUUCUUCCCUGAGUGACCUCUAGCUGUCUCAGGCUGAAAGCAAAGAGUAAGGUUACCGUAACGUCCAUCAUGGAGCUUCAGUAGGCUGAUGACAAUUUAGUGUUGGCGCGUUCAGAGGAUGAACUCCAAACCAUCCUAAGUAUCUUUGCAGAAGCUUAUGAAAAGCUUGGCCCAUCACUCAACAUUCAAAAAACCAAAGUGCUGCACCAGCAAGUACAAAAUAACCCUUCUGGCAGCACCACAAAUCCAACUCAAUGAUGUAAUGUUGGGAAAUGUCGAUCACUUCUCCUACCUGGGCAGUUAUCUUCCCACAAGGGUCAACAUUGAUGUUGAAAUCCAGCAUUGCCUGAGCUCUGCGAGUGUGGCUUUCUCCCGACUGAAGUAUCAUCAUUCUUGUUCUUGGUUUAAAUGACCUUGUGCUAGACAACAAAAAGGGAAAUGUCAUGAUGUAAUAAUAAUAAUAAUAAUAAUAAUAAUAAUAAUAAUAAUAAUAAUUUUAUUAUUUGUACCCUGCCCAUCUGGCUAGGUUUCCCCAGCUACUCUAGGCGCUUCCAACAGAACACUGAAAACAGAAUAAAACUUCAAACAUUAAAAACUUCCCUAAACACUUUGAAUUGUGCUCAGAAAUGCACUAGGAGCCAAUGCAGAUUCUUUAGAACUGGUGUUAUAUGGUCUCGGUGGCCACUCUCAGUCACCAGUCUGGCUGCCGCAUUCUGGAUUAGUUGUAGUUUCCGGGUCACCUUCAAAGGUAGCCCCAUGUAGAGUGCAUGGCAAUAGUCCAAGCAGGAGAUAACCAGAGCAUGCACCACUCUGGCGAGACAGUCCACGGGCAGGUGGGUCUCAGCCUGCGUACCAGAUGGAGCUGAUAAACAGCUGCCCUGGACACAGAAUUGACCUGCGCCUCCAUGGACAGCUGUGAGUUCAGAAUGACUCCCAGGCUGCGCACCUGGUCCUUCAGGGGCACAAUUGCCCCAUUCAGAACCAGGGAGUCACCCAUACCUGCUCGCCCCCUGUCCCCCCCAAACAGUACUUCUGUCUUGUCAGGAUUCAACCUCAAUCUGUUACACCCCAUCCAUCCUCCAACUGCCUCCAGUCACUCACACAGGACCUACACUGCCUUCACAGAUUCUGAUUUGAAAGAGAGGUAGAGCUGUGUAUCAUCCACAUACUGAUGAACACCCAGCCCAAACCCCCUGAUGAUCUCUCCCAGCGGCUUCAUAUAGAUGUUAAAAAGCAUGGGGAAGAGGAUGGAACCCUGAGGGACCCCACAAGUGAGACCCCAGGGGUCUGAACACUCAUCCCCCAACACCACUUUCUGGACACACAGCCCAGGAGGAAAAAGCGGAAUCACUGUAUAAAAGUGCUCCCAGCCCCUCUAGGUGGUCCAGAAGGAUGUCAUGGUCGGUGGUAUCAAAGGCCGCUGAGAGAUCCAGCAGAACUAGAAAACAGCUUUCACCUUUGUCCCUAGCCUUCAGGAGAUCAUCAGCCAGUGAGACCAAGGCAGUUUCAGUCCCAUGAUGAGGCCUGAAUCCUGACUGGAAGGGAUCCAAAUGGCCCGCUUCUUCCAGGUGUGCCUGGAGUUGUUCAGCAACCACCUGCUCAAUCACCUUGCCCAAGAGUGGGACAUGGCGAUAGUUGGCCAUAUUGGCCGCGUCCAAAUAUGUUUAUUUAAGAAGCGAUUUAAUGACCACCUCUUUCAGUGGGUCUGGGAAGGCUCCCUCACAGAGGGAAGCAUUCACCACUCCACAGAGCCCAUCACCUAGCCCUUCCCAGCUCGCUUUUACGAGCCAGGAUGGGCCAAAGAUCAAGGAGACAGGUGGUCAGUUUCACUCGUCCAAGCAGCCUGCCCACAUCCUUGGAGGUAACAGAUUAGAAAUGAUCCCAUGCAACUUAACCAGACAGGACUCUAGCACUCUCCCACCCCGGCCCUGCUCCCACGGUGGAGUCUACCUCUUUCCGGAUCUGAGCGACUUUAUCUGCAAAAACUUGGCAAAAUCGUUGCAGGAGAUCUUGGGGUCCUUACCAGGCCCAGAUGACACAGGUGGUUCUGUUAAAUUGCAAAUCACCUGAAAGAGUAUCCUGCUGCUGUUUUCUGCAGAUGCAAUAGAGGCAGUGAAGAAGGUCCUCUUUGCCGCCACUAUCGCCACUUGGUAGGCUCGACUUUGAGCUCUAACCCGUGCCCGGUCUGAUUCAGAAUGAGUUAUCUGCCACUGGCGCUUUAGCCGUUUCAGCGAUUGUUUCAUCGCCCUCAGCUCCUGGGAAAACCACAUGGCUGUCCGGGCUCCAUUCAAUUGGAGAGUUCACCGGAGCCAGACAGUAGAUAGCACUGGUUAACUCCUCAUUUCAGCAGGCCACCAGGGAAUCAGAUGAAAGGCCGUCAACAUGGGAUAAAACAUCCCCUACCACUUUCUGGAAACCAUUUGGAUCCAUUAAGUGGUGGGGGCGAACCAUCCAAAUGGUCCUACGUCCCUGCAGAGGGGAAGGGUCACAGAGAAGUCCAGUUGCACCAGGAAGUGAUCUGACUAUGGCAUUUCUUUUGUUUCACUUUUACUGAGUGUCAGAUCUACCAGGUCUAAGGCAUGUCCGUGACUAUGAUUUUUGUACAUUAUAUUCCCUAAUAAAGGUAUCUUGGGAUCUGUGUGAAGGGGGAGAAGCUGUAUCCCAUUCUGGAGGUAAGGAACAAUUCCCCCAGUGAUUCCUCUUCACUGUUAUUAUGCCUAUAAAUAUACAAGCAGUAACCAUAACAUAACCAAUUGUUUCCCCAUGAUGGUACAGAUUGUUAGGCAGCCCUCAAGAUUUGAACCCUUUCCAGUGAGUGCUGGCUGAGGGAUCCACUUAUUCUUUCAGUGGUGGGCUCCAGAUAAUACUGUCAUUCCCACCCAAGAGUCAUCUCGUUCUUUUAGGACUAAUGUGACAGAAGAUUCCACUAGAGCACCAGCAAACAACAAAUCCCUGCACAAAGAAAACUAGCAAGUAGAGCAUUUCCGAUUUACUAGCUUUCUGUGUGCGAGUAUUUGUUUCCUUUUUGGACUAGUGGAGUGUUCUGCCAUGGGAACCCUUGCAGGCAAACUGAAGAGGAACACUCCGGGCACGGGUUGCUGUUGGCGGCAAUUUAACCUUGGUCUGUGAACACCCUGCUCUGUUUGGCUGGUGCUGGGAUCAGUGUCCCUUCCAGCCUCUUAUGGAAAUGAUAAUGGGUGUCCCUCUUCAAUCCUCCGCUGGUAGUAUGUGAAUGGCGGGUGCCUGGAAGAGCUGUUGGCCUGCAAAGACGUCUCUCUCAGCUGGAAGGAGAAAGUGGACCUGGCUUCAGACAUCACCCGGGGGAUGGUCUAUUUGCACUCCAAGAACAUCUACCACCGGGAUCUCAACUCCAAGGUAAGCUAACUGGAGAUCCUCCCUGGGCAGGGGCAGUCUACCUCUUAAGGACCAGUUGCUGGCUGUGAUGGUUGGUGCCCACUGGCACUGUUAGGGCAGAAGACAAGCAGGUUGUCAGAACCAGAACCAGAGCAGGUAGGUGGGGGUUGGCAGUGCCUGUUGCAUCCUAACGGACUAGGCUCCACUGGUUGCUGGGCAGCGAUAGCAAGGGAGGGUUAUGGUCCUUACGCCCUGCUUGUGGACUUGCCAGGGCGUUUGGUUGGCCACUGUGGAAAACAGGAUGCUAAACUGGGAACUUACUCCAAAUCAGAAUAUUCACCCAUCUAGCUCAGUACCAAGGAUGGAAGAAAAGCCCUGCUGGAUCAGGCCCAUGGCCCGUCUAGUCCAGCACCCUGUUCUCACAGUGGCCAACCUGUGGGAAACCAGCAAGCAGAACUUGAGCACCAGAGCGCUCUGCCUUUUCUGUGUUUCCCAGAAACUGGGAUUCAGACGCAUUGCUGCCCCUGACCAUGGAGCCUAGAGUGCAGCCACCGUGGCCAGGAGCCCCUAAUAGCCUCAACCUCCAUGUAUUUGCCCAGUCCUCUUUUAAAGCCGUCUGUGUGGGAGGGAGGGUGUUCCAUAGUUCAACACUGCGCUGCGAGAAGAAGGACUUUCCUUUAUCUCUCCUGAAUCUCCCAACGUUCAGCUUUGUUGGGUGUCCACAAGUUCUUGCAUCAGGAGUACUGUCUAUACCAGGGGUCAGCAAACUUUUUCAGCAGGGGGCCGGUCCACUGUCUCUCAGACCUUGUGGGAGGCCAGACUAUAUUUUGAAGGAAAAAAUGAACGAAUUCCUAUGCCCCACAAAUAACCGAGAUGCAUUUUAAAUAAAAGCACACAUUCUAAUCAUGUGAAAACACCAGGCAGGCCCCACAAACAACCCAGAGAUGCAUUCUAAAUAAAAGGACACAUUCUACUCAUGUAAAAAAAAGCUGAUUCCUGGACCGUCCGCAGGCCGGAUUUAGAAGGCGAUUGGGCCAGAUCCAGCCCCCGGGCCUUAGUUUGCCUAAAGGUAAAGGGACCCCUGACCAUUAGGUCCAGUCAUGGUCGACUCUGGGGUUGCGGCGCUCAUCUCGCUUUAUUGGCCAAGGAAGCCGGCGUACAGCUUCCGGGUCAUGUGGCCAGCAGGACUAAGCCACUUCUGGUGAACCAGAGCAGCACACGGAAACGCCGUUUACCUUCCCGCCGGAGCGGUACCUAUUUAUCUACUUGCACUUUGACGUGCUUUUGAACUGCUAGGUUGGCAGGAGCAGGGACCAAGCAACGGGAGCUCACCCCGUCGUGGGGAUUCGAACUGCCGACCUCCUGAUUGGCAAGUCCUAGGCUCUAUGGUUUAACCCACAGCACCUACCCAUGGUCUAUACCAACUGGCAGCAGUUCUCCAGGAUUUCAGAGAGGGAAUCUUUCCCAGCCCUGCCUGGAGAACCUAGGCAUUGAAUCUGAGACCUUCUGCAUGCAAAGCAGAUGAUCGGCUACUGAACCUCUGGCCCUUCCUGAUUAGACGAGCCUUUGGUCUCUAAGCAAAGGCAGUUCUUUAUGCUCUUUGGAGAUUUUGCAAAUUUCGUAUUCAUUUCAUAAAAUUUAUACACAGCUUGAUUGUUAAAAAGAACAAAGUAACCUCAGAGUGGCUUACAAAUUCAACACACAUUAACAAAGAGCCCUUGCAGGAAAUCUUCCACAUGAACCUAAAGAAAACUGGCUGAGUAGGGGAGAGACACAUCUUUUUUGCUGCCUGCCUCUCAGAGCCAAAGCUCUCCUAGCUUGAACAGUGAGGUCAUUGCCAAUCUACUUAGAGGAGAGGCAGAUCAUCUGCUGGUUAAUGGCAUCAUCGCUUAAUGGGAUUUUGGCUUCUGCAUUUCUUGGGCCUUUUCCAGAAGCCUCCAAAUUUGCAGAGCUGUUGGUGGUGUGGGUAGAGGUUUGUGUGAGAUUGGAAUUUGGGGUCACCCCAAGGGAAACAAGUGGGCAGGAGAUUCCUGGAAGAGUGUACUUGUUUGCACAGUGAUGCAGCAAUAGCUAUGAUUAAAAGGUGGUCAGGCAAAUUAUUGGAUAAGAAGGUCUGUCAGUGACUAUUAAAUUAAUGGAACUUCCAUGUUGAAGUCAAGUCUACCUGUAACAGCUGCAAUCGGGGGGCUGGGGGGGGGGACAACAGGAUGCAGUUCUUUGGAGAGCUUCAUGUCCUGCGUGUGGAUUUCUUAGAGGUAUUCUGCUGAUAAUUGUGGGAAGCAAUGUGUGUAUGUGUGUGUUGAUCUAGGAAGGCUCCUUCUACAAAAGGGAUGUCAACUAGGGAUGAACAAAUCCACCACUUUCUCUUUCUAAUUUCCUUCACGGUCUUAAUUUGUGUGUUUAAAAAAUUCUCACGAGAAGGUCCUUACUUUGGCCACACACAAACACUUUUGCAAGCAAUUUCCCCAAAUAUAAUUCAUAUGUUGUUUACACUAAUAUAUGCAUUUGUUACCAUAAGUUUGUUUCUAUCCUGCUUUUUGGCCCAAAGGCCUCCAAAGCAGUGAACAGAUUAAUACAGAAAGAAAUAUACAGUAUGUAUAGAAGUACAAUGAAUAAAUACAACACUUCAAUAAAAUUAUAAAAUAGCGAAGUCACUAGAUGCUCCAUCAAUCCCAUUGUAUGUGUUUGUGAGCUGGGUUCAUUAUCUCACCACAGAUACAGCUCCCUUGCGUUCCACCUCUUACUUAGAAGCCAAGUUAGCUCAUAUCCACAGUUGCCCAAGGGGAACCGCCCUGAAGGAGCAAACACCGGUGACACUUUCCCCAAAAUCAUAAUUUUUUGUACUCGUUUUUUUAGUUGGAGAAUAGCCAAAUAUUUGGAGAAGUGCAAAUUUCGAAGCAUAGUUGCAUUUCCGUUCAUAUAUUGUUUGGGGAGAUGUAGGUCUGGUAGGUUUAUAUUAAAAUGAAGACUGAACUGAAUUUCUGCCUCACUCCUAGCGAUAGCACCCAUCUGUGGUGGGGAAUAAAGUGGGUCUGUGUCUGUUUAUCAGGGUGUCAGAGGCAUAAGGGGAGACCGAGGAACUAGUUGUCUACUCUAAGGGCAACAGGCCUGAUCCAGUACGCCAGUCUUUUGCAAAGGGGAAAAACCCUGUUUUUAUAGGGGCCUGGGCCGGAAAGGGCGCCAGCGAGACGCACAGACAUUUCCCUUUACUUUUUAGGAGGAGAAAGUGCAUCUUAUGGAGCAAAAAAUACGGUACAUUGACCAACUCCAUUCUUUGUGCGGCUCCUCUGGGGGGCUCAGGAGCCCAAUUAGGUCACCCCUUGCCUGCAGAGCUGGCAGCCUCUCGCCCUUUUUCGAACACCCUCACUUGUGGAGUGUUUCCUCAGCCUCCUCUCCUCUCCCCUCUCCUUCAGAGUCCUCUGGGCAGCUGCUGCUGCCAUCCCUGGCCUCUGAGCUGCCCCCCAGCCUCAAACUGCCCCACAGGGGCCUGGGACUUAUCUGUCCAUUCCCAACAGCAAGGGCUGGUGGACUGGCUAGAUGGGCUCCCUCAACCACUUGCUUGCUUACUCCGAGACGGCCUCAGCUCCUGCAACCAGCACCCCAUGUGGCCAGCCCCAGAGGCACCACUCACUCAUGGAAUUUGUAGCCAGGGCUGCUGCAACAAACAGCUGUGCAAGCUUUUGAGAGGCAGAUGCACGAGAGGACAUCAGAGGAGGGAGGGAAGGAAAGAGGGCCAGGGUUGCAGAGGGUACUGCAGCACACUGGUUGAAAACCACUUCAGUAAGCUAAUCUGGUGAUGCUGCUGGAUGAAACUGGGGUGGGAACCAUGGUGGGGAGGGUGCUCUUGUGCUCAGGUCCUGCUUUCUGGCUCCCCACAGGCACCUGAUUGGCCACUGCGAGAAGAGGGUGCUGGACUAAAGGGGCCCCCUUUGGCCAAAUCUAGCAGGGCUCAUUUUAUGUUCUUAUGGUGCCUUCAGAUCUGUAGCAUCUUUUGGGGCUAGUACAGUGGUACCUGUGGUUGCGAAUGGGAUCCGUUCCGGAGACCCGUUCGCAACAUGAAAAGAGCCCAACCUGCAGCGGUGUGUCUGCACACACACAGGUUGCGAUCCACCGCUUCUGCGCAUGCGCGUGACACCAUUUUGCGCUUCUGCGCAUGCACGAGUGGCAAAACCCGGAAGUAACCCUUUCCGGUACUUCUGGGUCACUGCGGGGCGCAACCUGAAAGAACGUAACAUGAAGCAAAUGUAACAUGAGGUAUGACUGUACAAGAAUUCACCGACCUUCUGAUUGAAGGCUCCCUCUGCCAGUAAAACGAGAUAAACGCCGCAACCCCAGAGUCGUCUGCGGCUGGACCUAACAGUCAGUCAGGGGUCCCUUUACCUUUACCUUAUAAGAAUUCUCACACACCUCCUAGUGGUGCAGCAAUAAAACUGCUGGGACACUUGCAAAACUAAGCAGGUUCCAGUAUGAUUUCAAAUGGGAUGAGGGAACACAUGUUGAGAUUCCUGAAUUUCAGGGGGUUGGGCUAGAUGACCGUCGGGUCCCUUCCAGCUCUACAACUCAAUGAUUCCCGUAUGUGUUCAAAGUUGCCACUUAGAGCAGGACAGGAAGAGAGAAUGUGCAACCUUGUAAAGUGUGCCUUGAAAUGGAUUUCAGAACUGCCUCAUUCGGGUGACCCAGCGGGGGCGUGAGGCCCUGGUGACGGAUUUCGGUCUAGCCAAGGAAGUGGCGGAGCUUUCUGCGAAGGACCCUGAGAGAAAGCUUUCUUUGGUGGGCUCGGCUUUCUGGAUGGCCCCUGAGAUGUUGCGAGGGGAACCUUAUGACCGGAAGGUACCAUGUUGUCCACACACACACACCCCCAUUAGUUUGAGGGCUGUUCUUUGUGGGACCCAAUCUGGCCCUUAUCCCCAGGGUACUAGAGUAGUGUGCCUUGUUAAUAGUGAUGGAUGAGCCUAUGAAUUUCAGUUUCUCUGUUUCCCCCCAAUCUUAUGUUCAGCUUACAUCUAUUUGUAUUUUUUUUAAAGUCCUCAAAAUAAUUAGUUGACAACUUAGCACAUUUUCCCAUUUUAUAUGCAAUUUCCCCUAAUAUUAUUUGCCUUUAAUGCCAUUUUAAUGAAUAUGCAUUUUCAUACACACUUCCCCCAAGUGUUUGUGUGUGUGAGUGAGUGAGUGAGUGAGAGAGCACGCACGCACGCGCGCGCGCACACACACACAUUUUUCUUGGAUUGGAGAAGUGCAUGGCAAAAUUUGGAGACGUGUGAAUUUCAAGGUUAGCUGUAUUUGGGUUAAUAUCUAGUUUCAGGAAGUAUUAAUUGGGUAGGUUUGCAUAAAAAUGUGAACUGGAGAGAAUCUACCCCUCACCCCCCUGGGUACCAUCCUUGUCUAUUUAAUUUAUUUUGCAACAUUUAUAUAAUGCUUGAUCACUAUACAGUCGUACCUCGGAAGUUGAAUGGAAUCUGUUCCGGAGGUCCAUUCGACUUCCAAAAUGUUCGGAAACCAAAGCGCAGCUUCUGAUUGGCUGCAGGAAGCUCCUGCAGCCAAUCGGAACCCGUGGAACCCGUGUUGGACGUUUGGGUUCCAAAGAAAGUUUGCAAACCAGAACACUUACUUCCAGGUUUGUGGCAUUCAGGAGCCAAAAGGUUCAUCUCGCAAGGCAUUUGGGAUCCAAGGUACGACUAAAACCGAAAAGCAUUUUACAGAAACCCCUUGUACAAGCUCACCUGUACCAUUGUGUAAUGUGGGUAGUAAAUUUCUUGUACUUCCGUUCAUUCUAUGUUGUCUCGCCAGCAUUCUUCUCUUAAAUCACUCACUUCCCACACAUUCUUCUCUAUCGAUCUGGAUUUUCUCAUACCAGGGAUACUUGAAAAAGGCGAGGGCAUGAAACAAUCCAGAUUGGAGGAAAGGGAAGUGUAGGCAGAGAGUGAUUUAAGAGGAGAGAGUCAUAUGGGUAGUGGAGAAGUGAUGGAGGUGCAGAAAGCUUCCUCUCCACAUUAAACAACAAUGCAGAUGAGCCAUCAAUCUCUGACUCAGACAACAGUGUAUGUUGUUUGCUUUUAUGCAGAGAUCUAGACAGCAUCAUCCUUAGCUGUGGUGGGUGGAGAAGUCUGCCUGCUUUCAGGUAUUUCCAAGCCAUUCAGAAGACUUCAGCGGAUCCACCCACUGAUGGCAUUUAGCCAACCUCCCCGACAAAAGAGGCACUUGGCAACUUUGCCAGGCUCAUUAAGGACUUAAUUAUCCAGCACUGGCUCUCCUCCAAGCUCCCAGUCUCACAGGAAUGUUAAAAGCAGUCUUUUAUUAGCAAGGCACCUCUGUUUGUGGACUAGUAACCUCAGGGUUCCUGUCUUCCAACCCUUUAUGAUGUCGCCUCCAACUUCUGUGAAAGGCUGGAUUGUUAGUCCCUCUGCUCACUGCCUGUGUGGCCUCCAGAGACCAUCUCCCACUGCCUCCUCCCACUGACCCCUUGCUCCCUCCUGUAGGUGGACGUCUUCUCUUUUGGCAUUGUCCUGUGCGAAAUACUAGGGAGAAUCCCAGCUGACCCUGAGGUGCUGCCUCGGACCCAGGUCAUUAUGGUGCUUUUAUCUGCUUUUCCAUCUCAAGUACAGGUGAAACUCGAAAAAUUAGAAUAUCGUGGAAAAGUCUGUUUAUUUCAGUAAUUCAACUUAAAAGGUAAAACUCAUGACAUGCAAAGCGAGAUCUGCUUCUACUUCUCAGAGGUCCAAUCUUGCUCAAUUAGCAAUCCUUGUUUUGCUGAUUUCCUUGAAUAUUCUAAUUUUCUGAGAUGGUUAAUUUGGGGUUUUCAUCAGCUGUACGCCAUGAUCAUCGCAAUGAUAAUAAAUCAAGGCUUGACAUAUCUCGCUUGGCAUGUCACGAGUCAAUCUCAUAUAUUAGUUUCACCUUUGAAGUUGAAUUAGUGAAAUAAAGGAACUUUUCCACGAUAUUCUAAUUUUUCAAGUUUCACCUGUAACAUUGGCUGACAGCAAGGCUUUGGCAUGUUGCAUCAUGUACCGUCCAUGCAGGGCCCACAAGAUGCUAUGCUCUGUUUAAAAGCACAUGCAUUGGGGACUCUGCCUAGUGACAGUGAUGGUUUUGUACAGCACCAUCUGUGUCAGCAGGUGGAGUUUGUAUGUUGCAGGAGAAGUUAACUUCAGUGAACUGAAUCCUUGCUUAGAGGAAACUUUUAAUUGGAAGAUGCUCAGACUAAGACUUGGGAUAAAAUAAGAAAGCUUAAGGGAAGUACAUUUCUUGAAAGGAAAGGGUUCUGUAGUCUAUGCUAACUAAGUAUUUGGAGAAGCCAAGAAGCCUUGUUUGCCUGUUUGUUCUCAGGAGAUCAGUGCAGGUGCCAGGCUGUUUUGCUCCCUACGCAAGGCUAUCUACUUGCACUCCCCACCAAAAAAAAUUGCUAACUUCAGUUUUCAAAAACUGUCUUGUUGUCUUGUAGACAAAACCAAAAUAAAAUAAAAUCACAAAACUUGAAACUGCUAAAUUUAUUUUGAAUUGCAAGAUAAUAUUUGAUUAUCUUUCUCAAAUACAGAAGAAAAUGUUUUAGCACAUACCCGUAUUUUUCGCUCUAUUAGACGCACCAGACGAUUGGACGCACCUAGUUUUUAGGGGAGGAAAACAAGAAAUAAGAAAGGAACGCAAAGCAUCCUGAGCUAAGAGGGAGCGCUCCUCCAUCUUUGUGGCUUUGUGGGGCUAUCCCUGAAGCCAGGAGAGCAAGUGGGAUUGGAGCGCACCAAUCCCUCUUGCCCUCCUGGCUUCAGCAAAAGCAAGCCUACUGGCGUUCCUCCCGCAAGAGCCGCACACUCUUUAAAGAGAGCGCGGCUCUUGGGGGCUUUUCUCCCACAGCCUCCGCAGGGGAGCGGGAUGAAGGCUUCGCGUGCGGAGGCUUCCCAUGGCAAAGCCAGAAGCUAGAACAGCCAGCAGGAUCCCGCUCGCUGUCCUGGCUUCCUCUUUAGCCACGCGCAACCUCUCCGGCCGGGAGAGGCUGCGCGCGGCUAUGGCAUAAGCCAAGACAGCCAGCGGGAUGCAUCCCGCUCACUCUCCUGGCUUCCUCUUUAGCUGCGCGCAACCUCUACUGGGCAAGGGAAGUCUUCAUCCCCUGCCCAGGAGAGGCUGCGUGCGGCUAAGGCUCCCCCAAGAGCCGCGCUGCCUUUAAAGAGCGCGUGGAGUAUGUGUGCGGCUCUUGGGGGCUUUUCCCCUUGGGGGCUGCCCUUCUCCCUCCUCAGGGAAAAGCCCCCAAGAGUCGCAUACACACUCCACGCAGCUCUUUAAAGGCAGCGCUGACAGAGCCUCCCGCCUGCAUUCGCUCCAUAAGACGCACACACAUUUCCCCUUACUUUUUAGGAGGGGAAAAGUACGUCUUAUAGUGCGAAAAAUACGGUAUAUCAUUUGAAUAAUCUUCAUGCCAAAAUAGGCUUCUGAGACGUUGACCAAACUGGCAGGGGCCUCUGGCCACAGGUGUUCCCCACUCAUUUUAAGGGGUCCUCUUUUGUGGAAGGGGAGUGGAAUCCCUGGGGCCCAAGUGUAACAGAGGGGGCAGCAUUCUGCACAGACUUGUGGUGGCACAAGCUCUGCUCUUCUUUAGCUGCAUAAGUGGAUGAAAAGCUGAGUCACCUGUGAAUCCUUUUAUCAUUUUCUCUGCUAGGAUUAUGGCCUGGAUGUGGCGUCCUUCUAUGACAUGAUCCGUGAAUGUCCCAAGCAGGUCUUGGAUCUGGCUGCCAGCUGCUGCAGGGUAAGGAAGUUACUGGGAGGAGUUAAAAGAAAGUCCUCAUCAUGCAGUGUAUCAUUAACUUACAAAAAUUGUUGCCGUGAUAGCCAAUUAGCUUGGAUGACUUCAAAAGCGAAGAAGUAACUUUUUUUUUUCUUUUUUAUGAGGACAGGUCUGUUCAGCAGGAUUCUUGGUAGCUAAGAAUAGAGCCUCCCCAUUCAGAGGCUGUCUAGCUCUAAAUAAUAAUAUUAUUAAUAAUAAUAAAUUAUUAUUUGUACCCCGUCCAUCUGUCUGGGUUUCCCCAGCUACUCUGGGUGGCUUCCAACAGAACACUAAAAUACAAUAACCUAUUAAACAUUAAAAGCUUCCCUAAACAGGGCUGCCUUCAGAUGUCUUCUAAAAGUUUGGUAAUUGUUUAUAUCUUUGACAUCUGGUGGGAGGGCGUUCCACAGGGCAGGUGCCACUACCAAGAAGGCCCUCUGCCUGGUUCCCUGUAACUUGGCUUCUCAUACUGAGGGAACCGCCAGAAGGGUCUCAGUGCUGGACCUCAGUGUCUGGGCAGAAUGAUGGGGGUGGAGACGCUCCUUCAUGUAUACUGGACCAAGGCCAUUUAGGGCUUUAAAGGUCAGCACCAACACUUUGAAUUGUGCUCAGAAACGUACUGGGAGCCAGUGAAGGUCUUUCAAGACCGGUGUUAUGUGCAGGACAGUAGGCAACAGGCAGAAACUAAGGACUGUUGACUUUAGCCCCUGGCAUCUGGUUAGCCACUAUGGGGAGCAGCAUGCUGGACCUGAUGGAGGUUUAAUCCUUCUUGCUUAAUUCCAUAAUUAGGAAGGAGAGCUGGCUGGAUGAGGCCCUUGGCCCAUCUGGUCCAGCAUCCUGUUCUCGCAGUGGCCAACAAAAGGUCUGUGGGAAACUGAAGCAGGAUUUAAGCACAAGAGCCCUCUUCCCUCCUGCACGUCCAGCAACUGUUAUCCAGAAGCGUCGCUGCCUCUGGCUGUGGGGGCAGAGUCUGGCCAUCAUAGCCAGCAGCCAUCGACAGCCUCCAUGAAUUUGUCCAAUCUUCUUUUAAUCUUCCAACCUUCUGCUUCAUUUGGCUUCCAAAGAGAGCCAGUGUGGUGUAGUGGUUCAGAGCGGUGGACUCGUAAUCUGGUGAACUGGAUUCGCUUCCCCGCUCCUCCAGAUGCAGCUGCUGGGUGACCUUGGGCCAGUCACACUUCUCUGAAGUCUCUCAGCCUCACUCACCUCACAGAGUGUUUGUCGUGGGGGAGGAAGGGAAAGGAGAUUGUAGGCCGCUUUGAGACUCCUUCAGGUAGUGAUAAAGUGGGAUAUCAAAUCCAAACUAUCCUCCUCCUCCUCCUCCUCCUCCUCCUCCUCCUCCUCCUCCUCCUUCUUCUUCCUGGCAUUGAUUUUUCUCUUGCUGCUUCUCCCCGCAACCCCUUCCUGCUCCUUCUAGGUGGAAGCGUUCAAGCGUCCAUCAUUCUCAGAGAUCUUGGAGGAGCUGGAAGACACUGCGGAGAGGCUGGAGUCUACAGUGGGCAAGCAGACCCCCGGCUGA